AUGACUUUCCACCCCGACAGCCUCCCUGAACUCACCGGCAGAGUGUACAUUGUCACAGGAGGCAACUCUGGAAUGGGACUCUACACCGUUUCCCACCUAGCAAGACAUGGCGCCCAUGUCUACAUGUGCUCACGAUCUCGAGACAAGGGAAACAAGGCUAUUGCAGAGAUUCAGAAAGAUCAUCCCACCACCAAGAUUGACCUUUUACAAAUCGAUCUGAUGGAUCUCGCAAGUGUUGUUGCAGCCGCUAAGCACUUCCUAUCGCUCGAAACAUCGCUCCACGGCCUUAUCAACAAUGCCGGCAUCAUGGCUACACCAUUUGACGUCACCAAAGAUGGGCAUGAGGCUCAGUGGGAGACCAAUUAUCUUUCGCACUGGGUUUUCACAGAGCACCUGAUCCCGGUGAUGCUGAAAACAUCAAAAUCGUCACCCCCCGGAACUGUCCGUAUCGUCAACCUCUCCUCAUCCGGCCAUCUAAUGGCUCCCAAGAACGGCAUCAACUUUGAAGACACAUCCCUCAAAGAUGCAAGUGUAUGGGAACGUUACGGUCAAAGCAAACUCGCCAACAUUCUCCACGCAAAAACCCUCCACAACAAAUACGGCCCCGCCUCGGGUAACGGAGAGGGCGAGAUUUGGACAACAUCAGUUCAUCCCGGUCUUGUAGAGACAAAUCUCUCCUCGAGUGUAGACUCAGCCGAGACUGGAAGCUUGCGACUGGUGUCGUUGCUGAGAUGCAUGAAACUGAUGUGGACUGCGGAUCGGGGUUCUUGGAAUAGUCUUUACUGCGCGGCCAGCCCGGACAUGAAACCUGAACAGAGUGGAGAGUAUCUGGAGAUCUAUCAUCGGCUGUUUGAGCCUUGGUGGCAGAACAGUGCAGCCAAGGAUGAGGAUUUGGCGGAGAAGUUGAAUCAAUGGACGAGGGAGACAAUGAGAAAGGAAGGGUGGAUUAAUUAG